AUGCAGACCCCUGCCAGCGAGCCCAAUGUCGAGCAAACGAGGCAAGUAUGCACGUCAUGCAAGGCACGAAAAAGAAAAUGUGACAAAGCACUGCCUAAAUGUGGAUCGUGCACAAAAAGGGGGCUACCUUGCGAAUACUCGGCUCCACAGCAAAUCCUCACGCCACCGCCCAUGUUGGAACUGCCGUGGUAUGGGUUCCUCACCCAUAACGAUAGAGUGAAUACUCACAGCAUCGACUUCCCGACCAUCCUCUUCUUGGAUCCUGGCAUUCUACGACAUGGACAGCUCGAAUUACGGUAUACCGUUGGCCAGGUUCCAGAACAUUUUCUCCAUCUACUUGGGGACAUGAAUGCCAUUAACUCCACCGCAGCCAAGUUUUUUAGGCACAUCCAUCGGUGGAUGCCCUUUAUAUCCAAAAAGCGGUUUUACGAGCACGGUGAAGAGUCGUCGUUUUACUCGCAGCCGGAUACUGUGCUUCUUCUGCUUUGCAUCCAACUAAUUACGGCAUUUCCUCCCAUCCAGCCUCGAAAUGCUCGAACUCCGCUAUACCAUGCUGCAAAACACCUCUAUCUUGAGGUCGAAGGGUCGAGUAUAUUUGCACUUCCAGUCUUGCAGGCAGGAGUGCUCUUAGCUCUUUACGAAUUGGGGCAUGCAAUAUAUCCCGCCGCUUACCUGACCAUCGGAGCAUGUGCUCGCUAUGCCUAUGCUCUUGGCAUCAACAUUGGUGCAACGGUCAACACGAGAAAGGUCCUUAGCUUGGUCGAGUUAGAGGAGAGGAGGAGAGUCUGGUGGGCAUUAGUGAUUUUGGACCGCUUCAAUUUCGUCUUCGCAGGCAAAAGAAACACUGUUUUAUUGACAAUCAAUAAAGAUUCGCUUCCAUUGGCUGCCCCGGGAGACCUUUUGCAACAGCAGAUCCAGGAGUAG